UUCAGUUUCAGUUAUUUUAGUACAUUGUUACGCUAAAUGAAAAUGAGAAAUGUUGCUUUAGAAACUAGCUGUUUUUAUUUUUUAUUUCAGUUAAAAAUGUAUUUUAUCAUGUUUUUUAUGGUUUUAAUUUUAGCUAAAUAGAAUAACCCUGUAACCUAUCUGUAAUAUCAAGAGGGUUGAAAAGCUGUACAUGAAUAACUGUUUAAGUACUGCUAGUUGUUUCAAACAUGCAGGUGUCAUGAUUAUGGUACCCAUUUUUUCCAGCUGCUUUUUCCUGCUCCUUUUAUUUUUAUGGCAGUGCUAGUCUGCCGUGUCUCUGGUGGCUGGUAAAAAUGAAGCACCGCUGUCCGUCAGAGACGCAAAAUGAGCUUGGAUGUUUUUCCCCAGUCUACAGUUCCCAUGAAUCAGCCCCAGUUGGUCAACAAGACCGAUGUCUCAUGAAAAUACUUCCUUUUUUAUUCUUCCCAUUUUUUUUAAACCUCUAAGUACUGGCUGUGUCCAUGUCCAAUGUACGUUUGUAAGCGUAUGCGUGAGGUCUUUUCCAGCGUUCUUGGACUUAUGCAGGAAUUCACUGGCGUGUGGGUGAGGGACCCUCGCAUCCAGAAAGAGGAUUUCUGGCAUGCUUACAUGGAUUAUGAAAUCUGUAUACAUACAAACAGUUUGGCCUUCACUAAGAAGAGUUCCUGUGUGCGGCGGAGAUACAGCGAGUUUGUGUGGCUAAGAAAAAAGCUACAGGAAAAUGCCAUGCUCAUAACACAUUUACCCAGACUGCCUCCAAAAAACCCGUUCUUCAGUCUCAACAAUGCCAGAGAGAUCGGAGCCCGUAUGGAAGGACUCAGGAAAUUUCUAGAAGAGGUGGUUCACAGCCCGGUGCUGCUUUCGGACAGCUGCUUACAUCUCUUUCUACAGUCCCAACUAAGUGUGAAAAAAAUCGAGGCCUGUGCUGAAGGCCGAAGUCGCUACACUGUCUCUGAGGCCAUUCACAGUUUCGCCUCAGGAAACAAGCGCUUUGAAUCUCAGUCUGAAGAGAGCAUGGAAGAAGAGGACGAUAUGCACUGUGAAUCAGAGUGAUAGACUAUUUUCUACUAAACACAUAAAGACAUUACUGAGGAACAUAUUCAACAAUGAAGAUUACAGCCCAUGAGGAGAGACAAUGGAACAGGAAAAAAGUUACUGUCAUUGCUGAAACGGUGUUGCACUUAUACUUUCUGUAUUGAUGAAGAUAACCUAAUAAAUUUAAUUAUUUAAACCA